AUGGGUUUGAAGGCAAAGAACACCAAGACGGCAGUUUCCAAGACGGAGUGCAUUGCCGAGACGACCUCGCUCCAUGUUGCGGGUCUUGGAAUCGCGAAUUGGUUUUCGUGGAGAAAAGCGAUUCCAGCAGAAAAUAGCGAGCUUGGAUAUUCCGUCGAAAAAUCUGAGGUGGUUGUGUGA